AUUAACAAAAAAAAACAUAUUUUUGGAUUAUUUCUUACUAAGCAUUAAUACAAUUGAUAUGAAAAUCACUUCAGGCUCAUGUUUCUAAUUGAUAAUAGCAGCCUAUUUAACAUCAUAAAUGCAUUUAUCGAAAUAUAAGAAGUGCAUUUCACUAUAAAUGUGGUUCAAACACAUUUAUAAACAUUAUUGUGUACACAUCACAACGAUCUGCCUCCAUUGUGUUGGAAAACCGUUGUAUUCGAUAAAACAUCAAGAUUAAAGAGAUGAUAGUAAGAUAACACAUGCUGAAUUUAUAUCAGGGCAUUACAAUCGCUGUAGUGCAUUCUAAUAUAAUUAGUAGCAGUGCACUUUAUUCGCAUAUAAAUAAAAAACUACAAAUAGUUUUACGAUUAAUCUUCUUGCCAUAUAAAAUCAUCUAUAUAUUAAUAUAUUUAUUAAUACAACCAUUAGACAUAAAUUAAAAUUAUGAUAAGCAGACGUAAUUGGAUUCUACGGUGUGUAUGUGCCGGUCUAAUAUUAUAUAUUUUUACACAUAUAUCAAUACGAACUGGUGCCUCUGAUUUUAUAUCAGAAUUGCAACAAUCUGGAAGAAAUUUAGCUGCCUUAGAAAAUGUUGGACAAGAUAUUAGUAGCAAUACAAACAAUAAUAAUAUCGAACAACAGCAACCACCACAAAAGUUAAUCAGUGCCAAAGUGAAUGUUGUAAAUGAACCAAUGUAUGAUCAACAAUCGACUUUUACAAUAGUUUCAAAUAAUAAUGCAAAUAAUUUAAGUGAUAAUAAACAAAUUAAUGAACAUAUUAGAAAAUUUAAUAUUGAAACAACAACUAAAAAACGUUUGGAAAAAUUUAUAGAAAAUUUUGAAGAAAUGAAAAUGAACGACAUCAUUGAUGAUACCUCAUCAAUUGAUGAAAAUUCAAAUCAUAUUAUGAAAAUUGAGACCAAACAAGAUGAACAACAACCGAUUCGAUCCGAUGAACAACAGCCAAUUGAAAAUCAACGUUUCGAUGUAAUAAUGCCAACAACGUUGAACAAUAAUGUAUCAUCAGUGCAACCAACUACGAUGACAAUGAACAAUACAAGUAGUUUACCAGAAAAAUCAUUAAAUGAACGUUUAAAAGAAUUAUUAAAAUGUCACGAGCGACCAAUGAUACCGCGUACCCAACAGCGUGGUGAUUAUUGGGUUUUAUAUAAUUAUGUUAUGGCUGAAGAGCGACACGAGUGUUAUGAUUCUAUCACGUAUACAACUCAUGCGGAUUAUACAUUUAUGGAUAAUUUAGUGCCAUUAAUUGAACGAUGGCGUGGACCAGUUUCAGUUGCAUUACAUGCACCUGGUAGUGAUUUUACAGCAACAUUAAAUACUAUUAAAUAUUUACGUGAUUGUACAUCACCAUUGGUGAAACAACAUGUGACGUUUCAUGUGUUUUUUAGUACGAAACAUGUACCUAAGCAGGUUCCAAAACAUGAUCGUGUCUUAAACGAUCAAUACAAUUGCUCAUUAGCAGCGCCAUAUUUGAACGUGGAUGUUAGUCAUAUGUAUAAAAAUCAAAGAAAAUUAUUAUAUCCAGUGAAUGUUGGCCGUAAUGUUGCUCGAGAAUCAGCACAAACACACUUUAUUUUAGCAUCCGAUAUUGAAUUAUAUCCGAGUUUAAACUUAAUACCAAAAUUCUUAAAUAUGAUUGUAGCACCUAAAGGUGCACCAAAGUUACGAAAAAAUCGUGUAUUUGCAUUAUCAUUAUUUGAAGUUGACGCAAAUUACACAGUACCCGAUAAUAAAACAAAAUUAAAAGAAAUGUUACAAAAUGGUACAGCAAUUGAAUUUCAUAAAAAAGUUUGUCAUAGCUGUCAUAAUGUGCCAAAAAGUAAAGAAUGGCAAAAUGCCAAUGUUACCGAAGGAUUACACAUAUUCCAUGUAGGGAAACGGACUGGGCCAUAUAUACAUUGGGAGCCAAUAUUUAUUGGAACACAUGAUGAUCCAUUGUAUGAUGAACGUUUAAGUUGGGAAGGAAAAAGUGAUAAAAUGACACAGGGCUAUGCACUUUGUGUAUUGGAUUACGAUUUUCAAAUAUUAGAUAAUGCAUUUUUAUGUCACAGACCUGGCAUAAAAACAUAUAAAAAAGAUGCUAAACGUGCAACUUUAGCAGCAAAAACAAAUCAAUUAAUUAGAAGAAUAAUAUUUCCAGAACUGAAAAUUUUAUAUGGUGUAAGAAAAGGUUGUGCUGUAUAGUAAACAAUUCUGGUGUGUAUGUGUAUAGUGCGCAAGUUUAAGAUUAUUAUAGAA